UUAAAAAACAAAUAAUUGCAGAGUGAAAAUAAAGCGGAAGAGUUAAAUCCACACUCUCUGUUUCUUCUUCACACAUACAAUUCCAUUUCUUUUUGUUCUUUUUCCUUUUUUUUAAUAGAGAAAUCUUUUUUUUUUUUUGCAUGCAAAAUUUAUUUGAUAUUCUUCACCACCUGUUGCAGAAAUCGUAGCCAAUAUUCAGUUCUUCAUCACUGUGAUCCCAUCAUACUUCUCAUGACGAUCUGAUCGAGUUUCCUUGUUAUAUUUUCUGAUUUUUUGGUUAAUUAUUUUCGAAAUGCAGUAUGGAGUACAAGAAAUCUCAUCGUUUUUGCGAGUGCAUCAUGAUAGUUUCAAAUGCUUGAAUUCACACCAAAAAUAAUGUCCAUGAUCUGAUUUUGUUUUCUGAAAUUAUUUUUUGAAUUGUUUGCGAACCCGGGUCAAGAUUUCCUGUAGCGAUUGAUGGAAUCCGGCGGCGGCGGUCGAGGUGGCGGAAGGGAACUCGAUCCCAAGAGCCCAGGCGCCGAUGAUUCCUCCGGGGAAGAGAGCGACGACAAUGAGCUCUCUCAGAAAUCAGCAGGCCAGGCCGUUCCACCGCGAUCCGACAGUAACCGGACGCAAUUAGACAAUGUCCAGGCGGAUGGCGGCCAAAAAGAAGGGGAGAAGCUCCGUCGCAGGAACAGCGGCCGUGGCACAACCUGGACAUCAUCUGUCCUCGUCCCGGCCUCCGACAUCCCAAUGAACAAGAGCAAAGCGAUGGCUCGCGAGCCCUCCACCCGGCUCAACCCGAGCUCUCUCGUCUCCGACGAUCUGUCGGAGCCCAAUAUCUCUGCCGUUCCCGAUGCAGCUCCCGUUUUGCCCCGGAACUCGAGCCGGUCAACGGAGAGACCAAGCGGGAGAACGGAUCAACCGGGCCCGUCGCCGAUGAAGAUAUUGCCGAGAGAAAGCGAAGAAGAGGAAGGUGAGGAGGAGGACGAGGAUGAGGACGACGAUGAGGACGGCAAACCAAUGGCAGCAGCGCCGGCGGCAAUGGAGGAGGGGGAGAAAGAGGCGCCGGUGAGGAUGUCAUUGAUGUCGCUGUUGGCGGAGACAGAUGAAGAUGGGUUGGGGUACAUGAUGGAUGAGGACGAGGAUGACGACGAAGACGAUGACGGCGGCGACGGCGGCGGGAUAGAGUAUAACAGUUGUUGUGUGUGCAUGGUGAGGCACAAGGGGGUGGCGUUCGACCGGUGCGGGCAUUCCUUCUGCAGGCUGUGCUCACGUGAGAUGGGCGUGCAAGGAGGGAACUGUCCACUCUGCAAUAAUUACAUCUUGGAAAUUCUUGAUAUCUUCUAAUUUCAUUCCUCCUUUACCCCUUUUUUUAUUAUUAUUAUUUACAAGUUUUUUUUUUAAAAUUAGAAAAAUAGAUUUAUAUGAAGUUUUUCUAAUUUCCUUUUUGGGAUUAUUAUUAUUAUUUUGUAUUGCAUUGGAUUACACAUUAGUUUUGGGCAGUGAUUGAUGUACCGAUCCAGAGUGUUGCACAAAAAUAUGAGCAAUUAGCUAUUACUCGUA